GAUCCUUUAAACGUCAAAGAAGAAGGCAUGAUGUUGAAAACAAAACAGAUAUUCGCUGCGAGUUCUAACAGAAGCAGCGCGACUUGCCAGAAAUUUUUACCAUUUCUAAUGCAUCAAAGACUAGACAAGACAAAGGGGAUGGAGACUCAAUUUUCGGAAUCGCGUCCUCCUCCUGGUCCGCCGAAAGUGCGACCUUUUCUUCGCAACAAUUUAUUGAAUGAAAAUUCUCGAACUGUAUCCGUAAAAAGUAAUGAUCCAGAAAGCUUCCAAUGUGCAAUGGGACCCAUUUUAGGAUUGGCUCAAUUAUUCGGAGUCUUGCCGGUCUCAGGAGUACGAGCGCCGACUCCGUUGAAGCUAAAAUUUGCGAUAUUUUCAUUUCUUACUGUAUACGCCGUUUCUGUAACUGUGAUGGUGCUCUUUAUGGCAAUAUUGGCGAUUAUGCAUAUGAUAAGGACGCUAAAUGCCACAACUUUCGAAGUAAAAGGAGGAGUAUCAGCUGCAACAGCAGGCGCGGUAUUUUAUGGGAAUAGCGUAAUAGCCUUAAUCAUAUUUCUCUGGCUGUCACCGCAUUGGAUAAUUCUUCAACGCGAUUGGAGAGCUAUGGAGCAAUUUAUAGACAGUAAUAAAUUGGAACGGCCAAAACUUCGUUGGAGAUUCUAUUUGAUAACUGCUUCUAUUCUAUUCUUGGCCCUUUUUGAACAUAGCUUAAGUAUAGCAAUAAAUACGAAGGAUUAUGAUUGGAGUGGCAACACGACGAAUUCGACAUUUCAACAUUUUCUGCAAAUAUAUUGCGAGUCUUCUCACGCAUUCAUCUUGGAAACAUUGAGUUAUAAUUUUGCGCUUGGAAUUUACAUUUUUAUCGUCAGCAAACUGGCAACUUUCACAUGGAACUUUACUGAUGUCUUCAUCAUGUUGGUCGCUACCGGCUUAGCCGAAAGAUACAAAAUAUUAAACAAGCAAGUAACAGUUUCUGCAUCGGAGCAUAGAACAAUUGAUUGGGGUGGAAUUCGCGAAGAUUAUGCUGCUCUUAGUUGUAUGGUGAAGAAGGUCGACAACUUUAUCGCACCCGUAAUCCUCCUAUCAUUUGCGAACAAUCUUUAUUUUAUCUGUUUGCAACUACUCAAUGGAUUAUCUCAGCCAAUCGGCAAUACUAUCAUCAGUGAUAUCUAUUUCUUUGGGUCCUUCUUAUUUCUAAUUGGCAGAACAGUGGUCGUCACUCUACUCACUGCUAGGAUCAACGAUCAAAGCAAAGUGGCAUUACCGAUUUUGUAUACUUGUUCAACUUCUAUCUAUAAUACGGAGACAGAAAGGCUGAUAUAUCAACUCAGUACUGACGACAUUUCGCUUACGGGAAUGCGCUUUUUUUCUAUUACACGGAAUUUCAUGUUAGCGGUAACUGGCGCAAUUGUAACAUACGAAGUCGUGCUGCUGCAAUUCAACAUUUCGAUGAACUCAUAAAUACAUGACAACAGUGUAAUAUUUCAUUAAAACAUUAUAGCUUACAAUAUUAAAAUAUUAUAACUUACAAUAUAAAAUAAUAUAUAUAAGUAUUUGUAUUCGUUGAAAAUAUAUAAAAUUGACUAUGCAUGUUAACUGAAAUAUACUUUAACAUUACACAAAGUUGUUUUGUUAUAAAAAUUUUUUUAUAAUCUAUAUGUAAUUUAUGAUAACAUUUGUCUGAUAUUAUCUAUUUUUCAGAAAUAUAUUUUGUAAGAGGAAAUUAAUACGAGAAGUGUAAAUUGUUAUUUAUCAUAACAAUAGUAAGAUUAUUAAUAAUAAUAACUUAUUAUAUCGUAAGAAAUUUGCUGCAUUAAUUACA